UCUGCAGUGCUGAGUGAAGAGCUGCGUCUGAGCUGGCAGACAUACAGGGGGCGCUGCAGAGUCUGGGAUAAUCUCAGAGUCAUGAUGAUGCAGCAAAACUCUCUCUCUCUUCUCUCUGCCUUCGUGUCGUUGGUUCUGGUGGUGUUGGCUGAAAGCAGCGUUGGGCCGAGUAACUCGAGCAGCAGCUACUGCACUGAGUCUAAAGAAUGCCUGCAGUUUGAUCUGGUCUGCAGGACGGAGGAGUAUGAGGUGCGUCAUUACUCUCCUACCCGCUGGGUUGCGACUGAUGCUGAAGCUUAUUUCAUGGGUGUUGGAGCAGCCAUGGCCUUCAGACGCCUCUACCAGUACAUCACUGGGGCUAAUGAAGGAGGUGUUGAGAUAGAGAUGACCGCUCCAGUCCUGGUUAAAGUUCCAGAAGAGACUCAGAUGUGGGAGCCGGCCAUUUACACCCUAAGCUUCCUGCUGCCUUCAGCUUUCCAACACAAUCCACCCACACCGACCAGUGAUAAGCUGUAUUUUACCGAUAUGCCAGAAAUGAACGUGUAUGUGAGGAGUUAUGGAGGCUGGAUGCUCUCAAUCACCUCUAGACUUCACGCUCAUCUUCUGACCAAGGAGCUAAACAGAGUUGGUGCUAAUUAUAACCACACACACCACUACGCUGUUGGCUACGACAGUCCUCUUAAACUCUUAAACAGACAUAAUGAGGUGUGGUACGUGGCGGAGGACGAGCCCGUGUGCAGUGGAGCAACUCAGAAACCCACCCAGAACCCGACUGCUACUGAUAAACCUAAUGAUGCUGCUUUUACUGCCUCUGAUAAAACUGCUACGGCUACUAAUACAGAUACUUCUGUUGCCAGUAAUGCUACCACCACUGCUACUAGCCCUGCUACUACCACUGCUACCACCACUGAUGCUAGCCCUGCUUCUAUCACUGCUACUAGCUCUGCUACUAUCACUGCUACUGGCCCUGCUCCUACUGCUGCUACUAGCGCUGCUCCUACCACUGCUACUAGCACUGCUCCUACUAGUGCUGCUCCUACCACUGCCACCAGUGAUACGACUGUUACUGCUGCUGCUUAACCAGCACUGAAGAGGAGAAGAAGAAGAGACGACUGAAGAAAGGCCAACAGGAAGCGUGCAUGUAUUUAUAUGUGAAAGAAUCAGGGUGCGAUGUUGCUAACAGUGUGACCAAAACAGGAUAUUCAGUACUGAUAAAUUAACCCUUUUAAUCACAAUAAUUCUGGUUCCACUCAGUAGAGGAUCCUCUUUAGUCUGGCCACUGCUUUCACUAGCUUAUUAGCCUCUAAAGACAAUGUUAUAAGGGUGGAUGAUAUGAGAUUUAUCAAUAUUACUAUAGUUUUCACCACAGUUUCUGCGUUUUUAGUGGAUACUGUCAGAACUCAGCGCACAUAUGAUUAAAACGGGGUUUAUAAGAGGCGUAGCUGUCGAAGGUUUGUGAAUAUCGGCAGGAGUUUAAAUCCUGACAGUGCCGCGAUUCUACAAGAGUUUUUUGAAGGUUACCUACAUAGAGACACAUCUUAGUAACACAUGCAUAGCACUGAAUACCGCAUUUACAAAGCAGUCCUUGAGUAUGUUUGAACAGCUUCAUAGUGUUUUAUAAAGAAAAUGACAUUGAAUUGACAUAAGAGGCCUCAAAGUAAAGUGACCUACAUUUCUUCCAUUUAUAACACUGUUAUGAAGCAUCAUUUCCAAGUAAUGCGAACGAUGAUGCUUUACAGUAGGGCAUGUUCAUAGUUCUACAUAAGCUCAUCAUGACAAAGUUACAUAAACAUUUAUAAUGGUUUAUUCCAGCAGUCGUUGUCCAUAAUAAAGCUUUUGUCAACUUUGACGUCAAGUUGACAUAACACCUGUGUCAGGCGGUUAUGCCAACAUUGGGGUGUCAUGACACUUUUGAGUGAAAUGACGCUGUACAUUAUAAAAGCUGAUUUUGUAGCUUAGUGUAUAUCACAGUGACACAGUGCUAUUGUGACUUAAAUCUUAUAAAUGGUAAAAGGAAACACUCUUGGGCCCAUUUCUUAUUUUCACCCCUACCCCUUGUUUUCGAGUGUUGCCCCUUGGAACUGAGUUACAGGGUAGUUGCUGAAAUCUUCCCUCUGAAAUGGGACCCUCAAAAAAAAAGAGCAUCACUUCAUU